AUGGACCCCGUGGUCUUCACUACCCUCAAUGACGACGAGCUUCUGCAAGAGGCUCUCGCGGUGCUCGACAGCUUUGACUCUGGGGAGUUGGAUGUGCUCACCCCCUUCAUAGUUGAAGAAGACGCAGCGGACGACAACCUGCUCAAAGCCGCCCUUGACGUACUCGAAGAUCCUGUGUCUGCGAUGCCUGUCCAAGGACAGGAAACAGAAUCGAAGCCACACCCACACGGAAGCCCACAAAGUGUCAGUUCGCCUCACAGUGCUGACGUCGUCGAGAAGGUGACCCCAAGCGGCCGGGGCCGCGGCCAAGGGCGCGUUCGGCUGCGCGAGCAAUUGAUUCAGCUCCGCUCGGUGGUGCGGCAGAUGGAGGCCCAUCUCGAAUCCUUGAAGAGUCCAACUUCUCCUCGCUUCAACUCGUGCGCAGAUCCGAGACAAGGUGAAACAGAGCCCGUCACAGCAGACGAGAGUAGCUGCAGUCAAACGUGGUCGCUUGAUGCUGCGGGUGAUGGUGAUAGCCGAACUACAGCGUGGCGCGCCGUUGCGAUGCAGGAGUUUUUCGGUCGGCGCAAGGCCGAACAGCAAAACGCCCAACUACGCGAGAACCUGGCGACCCAGAUUCGACUGUCGAAGCAGUUGCGGACUCUGUUGCAGUCACAGCCGCACUCGGGGUUUUCGCAAGGAGAUUUAACAAAAGACCAUCAGCGCUUCGAUAAGAUAAAGUUGCCACCCACCAGCAUUGCCCUCGAGGAAGAGCUGAUGGGGGAAACUCUUGCGAUCCUUGACAGCGUUGGCUUUCAGCGACUCGAAGCCCAAGCUCCGGAUUCUCAAUUAUCCGGCGAAGCUGCUGCUAUUUACUUGCUCAACACCGCGAUCCAAGGUGUUCAUGAAGCGAGGGCCACAGCUAACUAA